AGAGCGGGAGUCGGUGACACAAAGGAAACAAAUCCAGGAGCUCUUCUGCUUCGGAAAUCGCAUUGCCACAAGAGAUCGGGUGAUAACAUUCACCAUACCAGCAUACUUGUAAGACGCCAUGCCCGUGAUGCCAUCUAGUGCUCCCUCCGUGGAAAAGGGGCCUACUUUGAGAAAUGAUUCCUUCUCAGAUAGGAGAGACUCCGUUAAUAAACUGGAAACUGGAUGCCUCUCCAUUAUUGUGCUUGGUGCUUCUGGUGACCUUGCAAAAAAGAAGACAUUUCCAGCCCUUUUCAAUCUGUACCGGCAGGGUUUCCUACAAUCAAGUGGUGUUCAUAUUUUUGGAUAUGCUAGAACCAAGAUUUCAGAUGACGAGUUGAGAGCCCGCAUACGUGGAUAUCUUGUCCAUGGAAAAGGGGGUCCUCCACACACACACUCUGAAGAUGUAUCAAAGUUUUUGCAAUUGAUCAAAUAUGUCAGUGGUUCUUAUGAUGCUGAGGACAGGUUCCGUUUAUUAGAUAAAGAAAUCUCAAAGCACGAAAUCUCAAAAAACAUUCAGGAAGGGUCAUCCCAAAGACUUUUUUAUCUUGCACUUCCUCCAUUGGUGUAUCCAACUGUCUGUAAGAUGAUCAGGCGCUUUUGCAUGAAUAAAUAUAACCAUGGUGGUUGGACACGCAUUGUUGUUGAGAAACCUUUUGGCAAGGAUUUGGAAUCUGCAGAGAAACUCAGCACUCAGCUUGGUGAUUUAUUUGACGAAUCACAGCUUUAUCGUAUUGAUCACUACUUGGGAAAGGAAUUGGUGCAGAACUUGCUUGUCCUUCGUUUUGCAAAUCGUUUCUUUUUGCCUCUCUGGAAUCGUGAUAACAUUGAUAACAUACAGAUCGUCUUCAGAGAGGAUUUUGGAACAGAAGGACGUGGUGGAUAUUUUGAUGAGUACGGAAUAAUACGUGAUAUCUUUCAAAAUCAUCUGUUGCAGGUUCUCUGCUUGGUUGCCAUGGAGAAACCUGUUUCUCUUAGACCUGAGCACAUUAGAGAUGAGAAAGUGAAGGUACUUCAAUCAGUCCUACCUAUAAAAUCUGAGGAAGUUGUUCUUGGACAGUAUGAGGGCUACAGAGAUGACCCAACAGUACCUGACAGUUCAAAUACCCCAACUUUUGCAACUGUGGUUCUGCGAAUUGACAAUGAAAGAUGGGAAGGUGUUCCUUUUAUACUCAAGGCAGGAAAGGCAUUAAAUUCAAGAAAGGCAGAAAUUCGUGUUCAAUUUAAGGAUGUUCCAGGAGAUAUCUUUAGAUGUAAAAGACAGGGCAGAAAUGAAUUUGUAAUACGCUUGCAACCUUCAGAGGCCAUGUACAUGAAACUUACAGUCAAGCAACCGGGACUGGAAAUGUCAACCAUACUAAGUGAACUAGACUUGUCUUAUGGGCAGCGUUACCAAGGAGUUACAAUUCCUGAGGCUUAUGAACGGUUAAUUCUUGACACAAUACGAGGUGAUCAGCAGCAUUUUGUUCGCAGAGAUGAGUUGAAGGCCGCAUGGGAGAUUUUCACUCCAUUGCUGCACAGAAUUGAUGAUGGAGAGCUGAAGCCACUUCCAUACAAACCAGGUAGCCGUGGUCCAGUAGAAGCAGAUGUGCUGCUGUCAAAAGCCGGUUACAGGCAAACACACGGCUAUGUAUGGAUCUCACCCUCCUUGUAAUCGUAGCUAGGAAUUUUAGGGUUCGCCUAUAAAAAAAUAGUAAAUGAUCUUGCUCCGUCCAGUUUAUCAGUGAGGCUUUCCCAAAUAUGUAAAAGAGAAAAUGAAUGAAUGAAUGAUAUCCUAAUAUGAAUUUGGAUUUGCUGAACUGAACGCUUUAGCCGUUUAGUGGGCUGUGAAACCAAUGACUCGGUUCCACGCCAGUAAUAAAUUCAUGGGCCCCACUGUAAAAGAUGCAGGCCCCAUGUAUUUUAAAUACUGGCGUAGAACCUUUUCAUUGGUUCCACAGCCUGCUGAACAGCAGCUAAACCUUGCUCGAUUUCCUCUAGAAAUAUAAGUAUUUCAUCAAUCUAAUGGUAAUUGGUGAUGGAAUUUGGGUCCA